AUGGUGGAAGCAGAGCAAACACUCCAGCAGGUGAAUGAUUUCAACGAGGAGCUUCGGAUUCUACUGGUGGGAAAGACUGGCGUGGGGAAGAGUGCUACAGGAAACACCAUCCUGAGUAAAGAGGCUUUUAAAUCAGAGAUCUCCUCCUCGUCUGUAACUGCACAGUGUGAUAAAGCCUCCGGGAAUGUAAACGGUCGAAAAGUGGCUGUUAUCGACUCUCCAGGUCUGUUUGACACUCAGUUAACUGCAGAUGAAGUGGUGAAUCGUAUUAAGAUGUGUAUUCCAUUCUCUGCUCCCGGUCCUCAUGUCUUUCUGGUUGUAAUUCAGUUGGGUAGAUUUACAGAGGAAGAAGAAAAAACUGUUCAGAUCUUUCAAACAAUUUUUGGUGAAACGUCGUCCACCUACACCAUGGCUCUGUUCACUCACGGAGAUAAACUGAAAGGUAAAAGCAUUCACCGGUUUAUACGUAACAACACCAACCUUUUAAAUUUCAUUAAGAAAUGUGGAGGCCGAUACCACGUGUUCAAUAAUGAAGAUCAGAACCCAGAGCAAGUCGUCCAGCUUCUAGAUCAGAUCGAUAAGAUGGUCACUGGAAAUGGAGGAGAACAUUACACCACAGAGAUGCUUCAGGAGGCCGAGAGAGCGAUCGAGGAGGAGAAACAGAGAAUCCUGAAAGAAAAUGAAAAACAAAGACUAAAAGAGAUAGAAGAGCUGAAGAAAACGUCAGAAGGAGAAGAACUGGAGAAAGCCCGGAAGAAAUUGCAUGAGAAACAUGAAAGAGAGGCAAGAGAUGAAGCUGAGAGAAACCACACAUUCUUUGAAAGAAUACGCAAUUAUAUUUCUUGGAUUGUAGAUGGUGUAAAAGAAAUUUUAUCUCAUAUUUUUUAA